ACGGGGAAGUGCCCCAUUUGACAUGGUGCAAGGCGGCCCGGGGCGCGGGACAAGGGGGCUAGCGCGGGUGGGGGCCAGGGCCAUGAGAGGAGGAUGAACCCUCAGCCAGAGCUGGGCUGGGGGGGAGAGAGCAGGGCUGGCUAUGCAGGGAUCUGCCUUGGGGAGCAGAGACUCCGGCAUUUGCAGCAGAGGCCGCGCAACAUCCGCUGUGCUGGGGAAGAUCGCUGCGUGCCGGGAAGGGAGCUCCCAAUUGCAGGGCCCCACCCGCCGCAUAUCCCCUCCCCGCCCGGCCAGCCCCAUCCUUUCCCCGCUCCCUCUCGUUAUCCCGCGCCUGGGCCCAGGCCCCUUUACACCCCCAGCCAACCUCCCAGCGCCGCUUUCUCCCCAGGUUAUAACUCAUCCUGCUGCAGUCCCUACCCACCCAGCUCUCCUGACCCCGACUUUCCUGGGGGGGGCCUGCCUCUCUCCUCCUCCGCCUACCCAGCUUGCCUUAUUGGACCCCGCUCCGGGGGUCGGGGAGUGGAUCGGUACCACGCCUGUAGCCAGGACCCCCCCAGCUGUAACUCUCUGGUGCUGCCAGAAGAUAGAGGGGACCUCUCUCAGGAUGUUUACGGUGACACGAAAACUUUUGAGUGGAUGAGAGUCAAAAGGAACCUUCCCAGAACAGUGAAAUCAGGAGACUGUGGCUUUGCUGGGGAGACAAACGCAGUCUCUCCCAGGACAAACUUCAGCACCAAGCAGCUGACCGAACUGGAGAAAGAAUUCCACUUCAACAAGUACCUGACCCGGGCCAGGCGGGUUGAGAUCGCCUGUGCCUUGCAGCUCAACGAAACCCAGGUGAAGAUCUGGUUCCAGAACCGCAGGAUGAAGCAGAAGAAGAGGGAGAGGGAGAGUUUCCCUGAGGGAUCAGCUGGCUGCAAUGGACCGGAGUCCUCCUCUGACAAAUCAGACAUCACCUCCCCAGCUACCUCUCCUAGCAGAAGUAACGAGGCUACCACGCCUCCAAUCUGACCGAGGCUCUUGCUUUGUUAGAACUUCUGUUCUGAUCUCGGACAGAGAAACAGAAGAGAGACUUUCCCAUCAGAAAAGAUCCACUCAGCCCCCUGCAUUCAUCUUGCUGGGGAAGAGAGAAGGGUGCAGUGCUCCUGGCAAACUUUGCAAUGGACUUGGAGAUGAAAGCACACACCAAAAACAUGUGCAGAGACUUCCAGACUCACCACCAUUACCACCAUCAAUAGCACAGGUGCCAGCAGUGUGUUGUUAAAUCGGUGUCCUUCCAAUAGAUGCAGGUGGUAUAUUAAUAAAUGCUGUGCUAAAAAAAAGCCACUUUCCCCUCAAAAUUCGUAGAGCAGAGGUGAACAGAAAGGGUCAAAUAUUUUUUUCCAAAACCAUGAACUUUUUACAAAAAAUGCAGCCAACAAAAAGUUUUCACACACUCUUGAUUCUUUGUGAGUAGUUGUGACAUUUUUUCCACUAAAAGUUUCAAUUACAUUUUUAUUCACAGUACAGUUCUAGUUUUUCCACAAAAAGUUUCUACAACAUCUUUAGUCACAAAAAGAUUACUAAAAGAUUGCUAAAUUUGUUAGUCUCUAAGGUGCCACAAGUACUCCUGUUCUUUUUAAAAAGAUUACAUUCAUUUUUUCCACAAAAAGGCUCAUUUUUCAUGGAAGGGUUUGAUGAACUUUUUUUGCUAGAAGUUUUGACAAAUUAUUUUCCCCCAACAGUUUUGAUAUGUGCUUUAUUCACAAUACGUUUUGAUGAAUUUUUUUUCCACAAAAAUUCUUGACAAAGUUGUUUUUGAUGAAUUUUUUUCACAAAAAGUUUCACCAUUUUUUCCCCACCAAAUAAUUCAAUGACAUGUUUUCCACAAAAAGUUCUGACAACAAUUUGGGGAAUCAUUUUCAUAUUUUAGCUCUAAUUCCAAAUGUUCCUAUUUCACUAGUUUUCUAGUUUUAGAAGGAGCUAGAGCCAUUAUCUCCUGGGAGUAUCAGGGGGUAGCCGUGUUAGUCUACAAAAACAACAAAGAGUCUGGUGGCACCUUAAAGACU